CUCGCGCAAAAAUACCCGCACGACCGCUUCGACAUUGUCCCAAAAGGCCGCACCACGGAAUUACGACUCAAAUGCCUCGACUGCCCCGGCAAAUUGUACCAAGCAGGCCCGGACGAGACGUUGUCGAAUUUCGAGGUGCAUCUGAAGAAUAGACAGCAUAGGGCGAAUGUCGCUGGGAGGGUCCAGGGUGCG